CACUGAUAGUGAAGAUUGUUAUUUUGUUUACAACAAAUUGUUAAAUUGUAUUAUUAUUUUAAACAGAAAAAUGCCCAAGGAGGACUGCAAAUACGGGGAAAAGUGCUAUCAACGCAAUGAGGCCCAUCUGGCCAAGUACAACCAUCCUGACAAAACAGAUGUCAGGCAUGAGGACAAAGCAGUAAAACUGGCGCCAAAAAGAAAUGCUUCUUGCGCCGAGGAAAAGGGGAGCGAGCCCAAGCCCAACACAAGCAAUUCCAGUGCAGACAGCCAGAACAUGGAGAGUCAUGGGGAAGCCAAGGGCACCUACGAGUCGGAGACGGCCGUGCUGCACAGGGAGGCCAUGAGCAACAUAUCUGGAAAAAAUUACAUGGAAAUCAUGGAGAAGCGCAUUCGAUUUUCCGUGCAGCACGAGUAUGAUACCCUGUGCGAGUCCAAUGAGUUCAUCAGGCACAAAUUCCUUGUCGAAAUGCCGCCGGACUUCUACGAAUUCUGGAAGUUCAUCAAUACCCUCGUAGACGACACCUCGAAGUCCAAUCGCUCCGCCGUGGAGCACCUCGAGACUGCGUUUCAGCUGCAGCUGGUGGGCCCGUUCGAGUUUCUGUCGGGCACAUUUCAUCAGGCCAAGAUGGGCGAGCCCGGGGAUUACCUCAGGCAUUGGCGUUUCUACUAUGAUCCACCCGAGUUCCAGACGGUUUUUGUGCGGCGAGGCACUGGCGUGCACUACGGCUAUUGGCGGGACGUGCCGCAGGACAAGGAGAACCUGUUGAUUGCCCGCAACGACAUGGCGAGUGGCUGCGAGUUUCAGUUUGUGUCCGGAAACAUAUUCGAUGCUUUCCUCUACUACCUGGAACACGACUUUGUGAGCACGCCUUUCACUGCCAGCAAAGUGACAGCCACCAAGAAAGCAGUGCAAAAGUAUUUGGCUGAAAACUCACUGGAGCUGGCCCAGCUGGAUCGAUUGCAGCGAGAGCGGAACAAAAGCGUCGUGGCCAAGGCCUUCCACCGAGCUGGCAUCGUGGUCCCCUUCGAUCGCAAGACGCAGCUGGGCUAUCGCCCGCUCUCUGUUAGCGACGCCGAGCUCAAGAAAAUGUUGGCGCUUUUUGAGCGCAAGGAUCUCGGAGAUGGCCUUGCCAAGCAGGCUGUGCUGGAGAAGCUACAGCCAGUGGCCAACGCUGCCAUUAUCGCUGUGGACGAAAGCGAUUUUGGCACUGCCCUGGAACUGGGCAUCGACUUGUUCUGCAGCGGCCACAAAGAACUGCACAUGCUUGCCUCAUCACUGAUCGUGCCGGCCUAUUCAAUGCUCAAGCGUCCUCAGUUCAUUGCCAUCGCCAAGGCACACAUGGAGAGCCGCAGUCGCGACGUGAACUUGAGCAUGUUUGAUGUAUUGAAAUAAGUCAUGGCCAUCAUUGUAUAUUGAUUAUUGUGAAAUGUUACUACCCAAACCGCUUGAAAAAUAAAAAUCUACACCACAAUUGGAUUACAUGUAAA